UUACGACUCUGGCACUGCGGGAAUCAAAAGUUUUUUCUUUUCUUUUCUUUCACUUUCUCCAGAAAACUCAUGCUCGAUAACUUCGAACUGAAACAACCUGUGUGCAUAUUUCGUGCGAAUCGAUGAGACGAAUUCAGCUUCCCGAGCCACCAAGCCCUACCGCACGGAGGAGCACUCCGGAUAUCUUCGAAUCCGGAGUUCACACGUUCGUGAGGCGCGCCGUCGUCAUCGGCAACGGUUCCGCCGCAUCGGAGAAUCAGAGCGUCGGAUUGGUUCGCGCCCUUGGCCUCUCUGAUAAGCAAAUCUUAUAUCGUGUCACCAGGCCAAAAGGGGGAAUUAAUGAGUGGCUUCAAUGGCUUCCAGUCUCUCUCCAUAAAAAAAUAGAUUAUAUAGUAAGAAUGAUUCGCGGUUAUUCUCAGCUUAUGUUGAAAUCUCAGGCAAAGAAGCUUAUGCCUUUACCUUCAGAAAAUGGUGUCAGUGCAGGCUUGUUAGCUGUCUUAGAAGCUGAUGUAAAGCAGAUAGUUAGUUUUGCUCGUGAAACUUAUGAGAAGGAGGGACCUUUGUUGGUUGUCGCAUGUGGGAGAGAUACCAUUUCUACUGCAAGUUCCAUAAAACGUCUAGCUUCUGAGAAUGUUUUUGUUGUUCAGAUACAGCAUCCAAGAUUACAUUUGAAUAGGUUUGACAUGGUGAUUACGCCUAAGCAUGAUUAUUAUCCUUUGACACCAGAGGGACAGAAACAGGUUCCUCGUUUUCUUCAAAGUUGGAUAACUCCUCGUGAUCCUCCAGAUUGUCAUGUGGUUCUCACCAUGGGAGCGCUACAUCAAAUAGAUUUCACUUCAAUACGUAGUGUUGCUGUUACUUGGCAUGAUGAGUUUGCGCAUGUUCCAAGGCCUUUGCUUGUUGUCAACAUUGGAGGACCAACGAGAAACUGUCGAUAUGGUGUAGACCUUGCCAAGCAGUUAGUAGCUUCUUUGCUCAGUGUUCUUGCUAGUUGUGGGAGUGUUAGGAUAUCCUUUUCAGAGAGGACUCCACAGAAGUUGUCCAAUAUUAUAGUGAAAGAACUUGGGAAUAAUCCAAAAGUUUAUAUUUGGGAUGGGCAAGGACCUAACCUGCAUAUGGGCCAUUUAGCUUGGGCUGAUGCAUUUGUUGUCACAGCCGAUUCCGUUAGCAUGAUAAGUGAAGCUUGCAGCACUGGGAAGCCUGUUUAUGUCCUAGGAGCUGAGCGUUGCAGAUGGAAGUACACUGAAUUCCACAAAUCAUUGAGAGAGCUGGGAGUUGUUCGGCCUUUUACAGGUUCUGAGGAUAUAUCAGAAAGUUGGAGUUAUCCACCCCUUACCGAUACUGCUGAUGCCGCCAAAAAGGUUCAUGAAGCGCUUGCUGCCCGAGGGUGGAAACUGAAGGUAUAGAAUGCGAUUUGAGGUUGAUGACAUAAUUUUUACGGAAUGGAAUUAUUUGUUUGUCUAAAUUGGGUUACGAUUUGUUUGAUUAGAAGAUAUUGCCAAUACAUAAUAUAUUCAUACCAUGAAUAGGAAAUACAGACGGUAUGCAUGUAAUAAUUUUCACCAUAGCAAGCAAUUUUGAAUGUGUAAUGUAAAGUAAGCAUAUGUUUUUGGCAUUUUAAAGAAUGAGGCAGAUGAAUUAGUUAUUCAAAAUUUCCCUUCUA